AUGAGCUUGAAUGAUAUACAAGUCCCUGUAGAGGUGGAUCCUAACGAAGACACAGAAUGGAACGACAUUCUUCGUGCUAAGGGCAUAAUUCCAGAAAAACCCAAAGACCCAACGGAGGAGUUGGAAGAAGCUUUAGAACAAGCAGUGAAAGCUCAGCAUGAAAACCGUCUCGAGACCAAAAACUUGAAUGAGCUCGCAGAGCUCGAAGACGAAGAAGACGAAGAGUUCUUGGAAAUCUACAAGCAAAAGAGAUUUGAGGAGCUCCAACAAUUGCAGCGAAAACUGAAGUUUGGGUCCGUACAGCAUGUUACGAAGCCAGAAUACGCAGACGAAGUGACAAAGGCUUCCGAAGAUUGCUUUGUGCUUCUCCAUAUGCUGGCUCAACUGGCUGUUCAGUCGCGGCUUUUAGGACUGAUCUUUGUGGAAUUGGCCAGGAAAUUUCCCGAGAUCAAGUUUUGCGAGAUCCCCGCCAACAGGUGUGUUGAAAACUAUCCUGAGCUGAAUUGUCCCACAUUGAUCAUAUACCACAAACAACAAAUUGCGAAGCAGUUUGUCACGUUAACGCAAUUAGGUGGCAGCGACUGUAAGCUGAGAGAUAUUGAAAAGGUUCUUGUGGAAGUAGGAGCGGUGAAAGACGCAGACGAGCGUCUUGAAAUAAACCAGAAUGACGAGGAUUUGGAGGAACUGAGAAGAACGAGAUUUGUGAAGAAGAGCGUCAGGGGACCUGGCAUCAGCAAUAACGGCGACGAUGAUGACGAUGAUUUCUACGACUAG